GGCUUAUUAACUUGGAAGUAUCAACUGUAUCCCCGCGGAGUAUUGUAGUGGGGUGGCAAACUUGCCACUUACAUCUGCUUAUCAAUAUCUUCUCUGACAAUGCUCCACAGAUUAGCCGUUUUUCUACCCCUCCUAUACUUUUUCCCUUUCUCUCCCUUUUACUUUUUUUAACACCCCUCCUCCUUCAACAAAAAUAAAAUAUAAUAUCCCAAUCACCAUCCCAUGAAUCAAUAUAUGACCAUCAAUAUCCUAAUCUACCCAGACUGAAAAACCCAGCAAUCUAUCUACUACAGAACAGGUGAAAUCGCAGUGCACAUAAGACCUACCCCAAUCUUUAAUCUCCAUCCACCACCAUAAGCUCAGCAAUCAACUAUUCAACUCAUCCUAACGGUUGCAAUGUCACCAUCAAUCGCUCUUGAUACUUCUGCCGAGUUCUCACCCACACCUCUACCGUCUGUCCAAUCUCUACCAGGCCGGACGCUAUUACUUUCUCCACCAUCCUUGUCUUCGCACCCCGAAAAGCUGAAUGAGAUUACCCAUUAUUAUGAUCAUACUGCGGCAGAUUUGCAAAUGAUAGAUCGCAUAGCUCUUGGCUUUGUGUCUUUGCCCCCUUCAACUUAUGAUACUGUCCUUAUUUUGGCAAACGCGGACGGUUCCUUUUCGGAGAGCAUAAAAAUUGCAGAACGUGAUACCUUUGCUAUGGUCGUUCAGUCACUUAAACCAGGAGGGCACCUACGCAGUCAGAGUACAGUGCAUCUCUCGCAUGACCAUUUAUACGAGACAGAGGCUGUACUUGCAGGGUUAGUCCGCGACAAGAAUGGUGGAUUUAUGAAACCUGACUUUGGAGAACAGCAGGCCGUGCCGUUGCGGCUUGGAAAAAAGAAGAGGGAUGGCGCAGAAGUUCCCAAUGGACAGAAGGUUACAUAUUCAAUGGAAGCCACGCUAUCCGUUUUAAAUGGGGCCAAAGCUCAGGAAGUGGCCGAAAAACCCACUGGCGUUGGAUUUGUCGAUUUCAGCGACGAUUUCACCACUGGAAUAAUCCCCAGUGAUCCAGAAUGCUCUGGAGAUGAGCUUAUUGAUGAAGAUACUCUUCUAGAUGACAAUGACCUGAGUCGACCUAUCGUUCAGCCCCCUGAAUGUCGCCCAAAAGCGGGAAAACGCCGCCGGGCUUGCAAGGACUGUACUUGUGGAUUGGCCCAGAAACUCGAGGAAGAAGAUGUAGCAAAGAGGGCAAGUGCCGACAAAGCACUUGACUCGUUGAAAUUGGACCAAACCGAUUUGGCAGAGGUCGAUUUUACAGUACAAGGCAAAGUGGGAAGCUGUGGAAAUUGUGCUCUAGGAGAUGCUUUCCGCUGUGACGGAUGCCCCUAUAUCGGUCUGCCAGCUUUCAAGCCUGGCGAGGAAGUAAGGCUCUUGAACAACGAUGUUCAACUCUGAGCCGAAUUCUCAAGUCUGAUUUGUUAUUGCCGGUCCUGGGAUGCUAGGUGUUUUCCUUCGGGGUUUACCUAAAAUCAGGCCAUCUUUGCUUUAUUCCGGACGGAUAACCCGACCCAGUUUACUCUGGUUAGUGUUUUUUUACUUUGAGGGCGCCAUAUCAUUAUUCCCCAGUCAAUACCAUGACAAAGCAAUAUGAUACCUAUUAGCCACA